GACAGCUUGGCACGCCAUCUUCGGUGCGCGCUGAAAGGCACGCCUCUGGCAGCGGCAACUCUCCGGGUCGAAGAACAUCCCACUCUACAUCCCCCCCUUUCCCAACCGCGAUGUCGGCGGCCAAGUCGCCCUCGGGCGCGACGUCGCUCUUGCCUGCCGAGGUCAACGGCCAGCUGGCUCAGCUGCUUCAGCAGCUCCAGUCCGCGGACAACAACAUCCGCUCCCAGGCUGAAGAUGUCCUCCAGAACCAAUGGACCAGCCAGCGGCCCGAGUGGCUCUUGAUGGGUCUGGCCGAACAAAUCGCAAAUUCCACCGAUCCAAAUAUGCGCUCCUUUGCGGCGCUCAUCUUCCGCCGGAUAGCGUCCAAGACUCGAAAGAUCGGCAACUCGGACAACGUCGAUAUGUUUAUUUCCCUCGACAAGGAACACGGAACCGUCAUUCGUGGAAAACUUCUGGAAACCCUGGUGACGGAGAGCGAUAAGACCGUGCGGAACAGGAUUAGCGAUGCCGUUGCCGAGCUCGCCAGACAAUACUACGACAACAACGACUCGUGGCCAGAGCUUCUCCAGGCUCUCUUUAGCCUCAGUCAGGCCCCAGAUGCUCUCAAGCGAGAGACCGCAUUCCGCGUCUUCACGACGACGCCGGGUAUCAUUGAGAAGCAACACGAAGAUGCGGUUGCCCAGGCGUUCGCGCAAGCCUUCAAGGACGACUCGGUCGCGGUUCGUCUCGCUGCCAUGGAGGCCUUUGCAGCCUUCUUCCGCAGCCUGAGCAAGAAAAACCAAACCAAGUAUCACGUCCUUCUUCCCGAAGUCCUCAACAUCCUGCCGCCCAUCAAGGACUCGCAAGACUCGGAGGAUCUCAGCAAGGCCCUCGUAGCUCUUAUCGACCUCGCCGAAGGAGCCCCGCGGAUGUUCAAGCAGGUCUUCAACGUUCUCGUCCAAUUCUGUAUCUCAGUCAUCCAGGACAAGGAGCUGAGCGAUCUGUGCCGGCAAAAUGCGCUGGAGCUCAUGGCGACGUUUGCCGAUUAUGCGCCGUCCAUGUGCAAAAAGGACCCUAACUACACGAACGACAUGGUCACCCAGUGCCUCAGCUUGAUGACCGACUUGGGCGAAGACGACGAUGAUGCAGCUGAAUGGCUUGCCGCGGAUGACCUCGAUGACCCUGAGAGCGACCAGAACCACGUUGCCGGCGAACAUUGCAUGGAUCGUCUCGCCAACAAGCUGGGCGGUAUGGUCAUCCUCCAGCCAACAUUCAACUGGCUUCCGCGGAUGCUGUCCUCUCCCGCCUGGAGGGACCGUCAUGCUGCUCUUAUGGCCAUCUCGGCCAUCUCCGAAGGUUGUCGGGACCAGAUGAUCGGCGAACUGAAGCAAGUUCUCGAGCUGGUUGUCCCCGCCUUGAAGGAUCCCCACCCGCGUGUCCGUUGGGCCGGCUGCAACGCACUCGGUCAGAUGAGCACGGACUUCGCGCCGACAAUGCAGAAAGAGUACUACGAUACCAUCCUCUCGGCGAUUGUCCCCGUUCUCGACUCUCCGGAGGCCCGGGUCAAGUCCCACGCCGCCGCCGCUCUGGUCAAUUUCUGCGAGGAGGCCGAUAAGAGCGUGCUCGAACCCUACCUCGACGGGCUGUUGAGCGCCCUCUAUCAGCUGCUCCAAAGCGACAAGAGAUACGUCCAAGAGCAAGCGCUCUCCACGAUUGCUACUAUCGCCGACGCCGCAGAGCAAGCUUUCGCCCGGUAUUACGACACGCUGAUGCCCCUUCUCGUCAGCGUCCUGGGACGCGAGAACGAUAAGGAGUAUCGGUUGCUCCGGGCAAAGGCGAUGGAGUGCGCGACCCUGAUCGCGCUUGCGGUCGGUGCUCCCCGCCUCGGCGGGGAUGCCACAAUGCUCGUCCAGCUCUUGGCAAACAUCCAAGAUAACGUCCAGGAUCCGGACGACCCGCAGGCCCAGUAUCUCAUGCACUGCUGGGGCAGAAUGUGUCGCGUCAUGGGCAAGGCUUUCCUCCCGUACCUGCCCAAGGUCAUGCCGCCGCUACUGGAACUGGCGAGCGCCAAGGCCGACAUUCAGCUCCUUGAUGACGACGAGCAGAUCGAGAAGUUCCAGCAAGAAGACGGCUGGGAACUGGUGCCGCUGCGUGGCAAGACCAUCGGCAUCAAGACCAGCUCCAUGGACGACAAGCACAUGGCCAUUGAGCUUCUCGUCGUUUACGCCCAAGUGCUCGAAGAAGACUUCGCGCCGCACGCAGACGAGAUUAUGGAGAAGAUUGCCCUCCCCGGCCUCGCGUUCUUCUUCCACGACCCAGUUCGGUUUGUGUCGGCCAAGCUUGUCCCUCAGCUCCUCAGCUGCGUCAAGAAGGCGUACGGGCCUCAGUCGGAGCAGCUGGCUAGCCUGUGGAACAAGACGGUCGACAAGCUUCUCGAGGUCCUGACUGCGGAACCAGCCGUGGACACGCUCGCAGAGAUGUACCAGUGCUUCUACGAGUCGGUCGAGGUCAUAGCGAGGCCCUGCCUCACCGACGCGCACCUGGGCCGGUUCAUCGAGGCGGUCAACUCGACUCUGGAAGACUACAAAGACCGUGUCGCGCAGCGCGAGGAGGAGCGGCGGGGCGUCGCGGCGGAGGAUGCCGAGGAUGAGCAGGAAGAGAUUCUCAUGGCCAUCGAGGAUGAUCAGACACUGCUCUCCGACAUGAACAAGGCCUUCCAUUGUGUUUUCAAGUACCACGGUGCCAAUUUCCUCCGUCACUGGGAGCACCUGCUCCCAACCUACCAAGGUUUCCUGAAAUCGGAAGACCCGACGCAGCGGCAGUGGGGACUGUGCAUCAUGGACGACGUCCUCGAGUACUGCGGCCCCCAGAGCAGCCAGUACGCCAACUACAUCACGCAACCACUGAUACAGGGCUGCCAGGACCCGUCGCCCGCCAUUCGCCAGGCCGCAGCUUAUGGCAUUGGUGUGGCGGCUCGGCACGGCGGCGACGCUUGGUCGGCAUUCCUCUGGGGCGCCGUCCCGUUCCUGUUCGAGGUAAUGCGGGUUCCUGAUGCACGCAACGAAGACAACGUGUACGCGACGGAAAACGCAUGCGCGGCCAUUGCCAAGAUCCUGCAUUUCAACUCGUCGGCCGUCGCCCAGCCUGACCAGGUCAUUGCGGAAUGGAUCAACACGCUGCCCGUCACCAAUGAUGAGGAGGCGGCGCCGUACGCAUACCUGUACCUGGCGGAACUCAUCUCGAAGCAACACCCUGCGGUCAUGUCACGGGCGCCGCAGAUAUUCGUGUAUGUUGCGCAGGCUCUCGAAGCCGAGGCGCUGAGCGGCCAGAACGCCGCGCGCGUUGUGGCAGCUACGAAGCUGCUAGUAGAAGGCACCGGCACGGACGUCUCGCCGCUGCUGCAACAAUUCUCCCCGGAGUCGCAGAACGUCAUCCGAUCGCACUUUCUCUAGGAUUAGGAUCAAUGU